AUGCCUUGCAUUCUGAAGGUCAGAAUAUCGGGCAUACGGGACUUCAAGGCUUUUGAAAAAUCAGAAGUGGAUUCGCUUAAAUAUGUCGAGGUCACACUGGGCGAAAUAAAGCAAAGGACGAAAUUUAAUAUUAACAGACACACACAUGACCUGAACUUAUCCUUUCGAUUGGAAAUCGCCGACGACUCGGAGCUUCAGACGUGUCCUCUGAAGAUAACGAUCGACGACGUGGAAAACAUAAACAGCGGGUACAUUCAAAUAGACUUCAGCUUCUUCUACUUCCACGACAAUUUGAAGUUGGAGGGAUGGUUUCCCUUGUACGACUCCCUGGCUGGACUCAAAGGCGAACUGUACUGUACCAUCAAAUGGGAAUUCUUUGAGGAGAAAAACCCCUACAAUGAUAACAGCGCGGAUGUCCUUCUUCUGGGCACGACGUCUUUUCCCAAGAACUCCCCCUACUAUAUCGAACAAAUUAUAAACUUUGCGCACGAACUUAAGAUUGUAAACGAUCCUGAGUAUGACUGGAAGGACUUGAUAAGAUCCAACAGAAUUUGUAUUCGUAUCAUAGGAACAGUCGUGAAGCUAGGGGUGAAGAACCUGAACGACCCCAACUACGCUACCCCCGGGGGAAACAGAAUCAUAAAGAAUAUUUUGCGCAACAAUGAGCUCCUGCGGCAAAACAGCUUGGAAAAAACUAAGGACAUGAAAUUGCACAAGAGGGAUAGCACUCUCCCAAACUCAACCUUCAAUUUUGUAGAUGUGAUUUUGCUCACCGUCGACUCGCUUCCAAACAGUGUGAAAUAUACUUAUGGAGGACUUGUCGCCGCCAAGUCCGUGAAGGUUUUGCACCAACGGCUGACGGAGCAGCACCGAGACGAAUGGCUCCUCGAGAUAAGGGACGAAAUCAAAUCGAAUGCAACGUUUUUAUCUUGCAACGCUAAACUGUUGGGCGGGAAUGCCAUUAUCGGUUAUCAGGAGCAUCUGAACUUGGAGGGAGGCACGACAAACAAAAUUUGUAUUCGUAUCAUAGGAACAGUCGUGAAGCUAGGGGUGAAGAACCUGAACGACCCCAACUACGCUACCCCCGGGGGAAACAGAAUCAUAAAGAAUAUUUUGCGCAACAAUGAGCUCCUGCGGCAAAACAGCUUGGAAAAAACUAAGGACAUGAAAUUGCACAAGAGGGAUAGCACUCUCCCAAACUCAACCUUCAAUUUUGUAGAUGUGAUUUUGCUCACCGUCGACUCGCUUCCAAACAGUGUGAAAUAUACUUAUGGAGGACUUGUCGCCGCCAAGUCCGUGAAGGUUUUGCACCAACGGCUGACGGAGCAGCACCGAGACGAAUGGCUCCUCGAGAUAAGGGACGAAAUCAAAUCGAAUGCAACGUUUUUAUCUUGCAACGUCAUUUUGGGUUACAAAGAACACACGUAUAUUUACAACGACGUGAUAAUUCUGUUUUGCUACGGCACAGCCAUAAGUGUAAUGUCCUCCUUUUUCCAAGAUGAUAAAAUCGUUUCUUAUGCUACCCAUGAAAGGAACAAGCACCAGUCGUUUAAGGGUGGGCCCUUAAAUGCGCACAGGAAUUCUAAUUGCGUUUAUUUGCACUACGCGUCGGAUGACAUUGAGAAGGACACGGUCCUUUGCAGAGUCUGCAAUGAAGCCCCGGUGCCGAAGAUUCUCAUUUCUUCUGCUAGUGUGCCACAAAACCUGGCCGUCAUUGGAAACGGCUUCCUCAUCUCUGCCUUCGUCGUGUACCCGCUGAAAAAGCACUACGGAGAGCACCUCGCCUCAGAGAUAAGCGAGAUAUUUCCCUUCCUGGAGUUGAACCUGCACAAGCAGAUCAUUUGCAAGUUACUGGUGAAUGGCUUCAACAGCAUCUUCGAUUAUAAUUUGAAAUUAUGUUUCAACCAAAAUUAUUUAUUUGGCUAUUGUUGCGGGACGGGCAUGUGCAUGUACGGGACAUAUUCAGAAAACAAAUUUUUAAUCAAGUCGAACUACAAGGAUAAUUUUUACAUCCGGAACAAGAGCAUCAGUGCAAGGGAGUUGAAGAUUAUAUAUGACAAUUUAAAUUAUCGGUCCUUUUUUUGUAGAAACAAGUGCCUUUUGUCUCCUGUGUUCAUACAAGGGGACAUGGUACAUGAUAGUGAUGGAAGACUAGACCCUUCGCAGACUUACAAAAACAAACUCAUGAAUUGUAGUGUAAAGGAUAUGAUUGAACAAGCCUUUUCAGAGCAACUCAGCGUAGAAUCCAAUAAGCGAAGCACAAACGGGGACGAUCAAUCGACAAGUGAUAAAAUCAAAUGCAAUAACUACUUUAGAUUGAGGGAAAUUUAUUUGAAGGAGGAGGAAGAGUUAUUGAAUUGCCCAAACGAAAGUGAUCACCAUAAGAGAGAUAAUGGCAUGGAGUACACCCAAUUAGGAAUAAAAGAAAGGAAAAGAAUUAAAAAAAAAAAAGAAAAAAAAAAAGCCAAAAGAGUAAAGAAUAAGGGAUACAUUUAUGAAGUGGAAGAUCACCUCGAUAAUAUUACCCUACUUAAUAUUUACGAAGACAGCAUCGCUCUGUAUAAUUAUAUUUUUAAUUUAGACGUUAAUAAUUAUCUGGUGCAUAAGAGGUACGACAGUGGCGCCCUUCCCCCUAGGGGCACUCCUCAAAGUGGUCAGAAGCACAAUGGUCAUAAGCAGAGUGGUGAGAAGCAGAAUGGAAACUGCCCUCACGGAGAGAAGGAGGCACCCGCCAACGAGGAAGCACCCCACUGCGGCAAUUUACAAAUAAUGGAAUCACUCCCAUCGAAAGGGCGGAAGGAAUCCACGAGAGACCCUUUGUCAGUUGGGAAUAAAGAAAAUACAAGGGAUGACCCUCAUAGAAAUGUCAAAAGGCAAAUGGACAGAGGGGGUUGGACUGAACGGGAGUCCCCCUCGAAUGCUAAGCAAGACCAUAGUCCUUACGGCACCCCCACAGACACGUCGAUCAGCAUGACAAAAUUGAGUGAGGACAAGAAAUGCCCUCCAAUCCCCUUCCCAGAAUCUUGCGCGCAGUUACCAAGAACGUGCAAUCGCUCCUUCGCGCUAGACAGGACUGAAAACAGCCUCCUCGUCGACUGUGAGUUUAGGAAAGGGGAAACUCAGAAUGACCCCAAAUACUUUUUUUACAUGUGCACGCUUGAUCUCCUCCCCAGCAUAAGGUUCGAAACGUUUUACGAACAGCGGGAUGGUUGGGCGCACGCAAAUAAGACGGCGCCCAGUUGGAUGGAAGCAAACCUGUCCACUGUCCCCACCAUUGAGAGGACGGGGGAAGCCCUCAUGGGGCACAGCCUACCCAGGGGGCUCACGAACAACUUCGUAAUGGAGUCCAUCACCAAGUGCAUCGCGAGCGGAGAAAGGCAAAGCGACUCCGAGGAAAACCAGUCGAAUGAGCGAAGGCAGGCAAACUUUAUGGGGCCGCCUCCUCUGCACGAACAACGCGACGAGCGCGAAGAACUGGACGACCUGUUCAGCGAUCAGUGCAGCGACCAAGUUAGUGAGCGUCCCGCCGAUGGGUACAUCGACCUGGUUUCGAAUCAAUGUAGCAACGUGCAUGGGGAGGUCCUUACUGACCUGCUUGUAGUCCCCACACGGGGGGACAACCCACCCCCCCAGCGCAGAACCCUGACGGACGAAGAGGAGAGGAAGAGAAAGAAAGCGGAAAAAAGAAACAAAAAUAAAGGAAAACACACAUACUUGAAUAAUCUCUCAAAGAGUUACCUCUACCUGAUUAAGAGGAUAAACCUGUUCACCGAAAAUAAUGAACAGGUAGAUGUAGUGUAUGAAAAAAUAAACAAAGCAUUCAACGACCUUUAUAACGUUCUAAUAUUUUAUAUAUUUGCAAAUAAAAUGUGUCCCUGUUGUAUAUACAGCAUAAAGUAUCACUUCGCGUUCAUAUCUGUGGACGUGCUGGAAAUUAUGCUAACUGGUCAUUUGGUUAAGAUAAAAAAUAACAGCUCGAUAAGUCUAGAGUUGAAGAGCAUGAACCGAUUAAUGCAGGAGAAUUUGUUGAAGCAUUUUUUUAAUUAUUUGGAGAAUUAUUAUAUAGAAAAAUGGGAGCUGUUUUUUAACUGUCUUGAAUUAUUUCCCUCCACGAAUGGGGAUAAGGUGGGGGGGACCAAGACGAGAAGAAAUAAUUACCAGGGUGAUAAAUUCCCUGUUGGACAGAAAAGGAAAAAAGGAAUAUUUCACUCCGUCAUGUCCAAAUUGUUCUACCUUCCUUUGUACCUUUGUCAUAGGGGGAAUGGAAGCAAAUCGGCAGGAUUGGGGAGAAGCGGGACAGGGGGGAAAGGCGAAACAAAGAAAGGUGGGACGACGAAAGGGAUAACUCAUUCGAAGGAUGCUAUAACACAACGAGGUGAAGAGAAAGAAACGCAAGGAAACAAAAGAAAUAAACUUAGCUUAUUCUUAAAAAAGUCGACAAAAAAAACGAAACUCUCCUCUGAUAAGUACAAUUUGUGCGACACGCUGUUCCUCUUUAAUGACCUUAAAAAUUACAUUAUCCUUGAAAACAGAAAACACUUGUUUGAUUCCUUCACAGAGCAAAACUUUUCCUCCAUCAUAAUAACCCCCCUGAACAUCCUUCCAAACGUUAUUAUAAAAAAAUACUUUGGAAUUAUUUCCAUGCACAUCGUGAAGGAAAAUGUUAACCUCAAGCAGUUUGAUGUUUUUUACCAAAGCAUAAUAUCGGAUAUUUUAUUUAUUGCCAAGUCUCACAUUAAGGCCAUCGGGGCCAACUUAAUAUGUUCCUUUAAGAUCACCAACUUAUUCAUGCGCGAGGAGAGGUCGCACGCCUACGCGCUGAUCAGCAUUUGCGGCGACGUCGCCAAGAUUUGA